UAUUUUCUUACUUUCGGACUUGCAUUGAUGGCCGUGUGCCCGCUUUGCUAUGCGGGAAAAUACUCAUACUACUUUCUUGUGGCCGCUAUUAUUACUACUACUUCUUAUUAUAACUAAAACUCUAAAACUAAUAUGCCUUCAUACAUUACUGAUUCGCGACUCAAUGGCUACGAAGCAGCUUUCUGUGGUGCAAUGGCUGGUGUUGUUUCUAGAUUUUUCACCGCACCUUUUGAUGUCGUAAAGAUCCGCAUGCAGUUACAACCCCACCGAACACAAUUUCAUCUCAAACAGGCUAGUCCAAGCUCCCACGUAAAGUACGAUCGGGUUUUACCAGCACUAAAGACCAUUUUGAGAGAAGAAGGCGUUCGUGGACUCUACAAGGGCAAUCUUGCAGCUGAAUACUUAUACUUGCUAUACAAUGCCGUAGAAUUCUGUGCUUAUAGAGAAAUAGAACUCGCUAUAGAGAAAUUAGAUUCCAAGAAGCAGCUGCCGGGAUCUGCAAAGACGUUCUUAGGAGGAAUGCUUGCAGGAUGUGUGGCAACCUCAAUUACAUACCCUUUGGACUUGCUCCGAACACGAUUCGCAAUGCAAGGCACACAUAACCAGCAAUACACGGGCAUUGUUCAGGCCGUCAAAUUGAUCUAUCGCACCGAGGGGGUUGCUGGUUUUUAUUGGGGAGUAUGGCCAGCCGUGAUACAGAUCAUGCCAUACAUGGGCCUUGUCUUUGCCAGUUAUGAUCACAUAGCAUCCGCAUUUAAAGCUGCAAGAGAAAAUGGCACACUAUCAGCAGACUAUAAGCCUAUUCAUGACAUGCUGAGCGGUGCAUUAUCGGGUGUCCUGUCGAAAACAGCCGUUUACCCAAUGGACGUUGUGCGAAAGCGACUACAAGUGCAAGGCCCUUCUCGAAAGCACUAUGUCAUUGACUCUAUACCGGAAUACGCUACUCGCUCCUGGUUCAAAUGCAUGACGUCGAUUGCGGAACAAGAAGGUGUAAGCAGUCUAUACAAAGGACUGACAGUAUCUCUAGUCAAGGUUGCACCUGCUAUUUCGUUGACGUUCUUUGUAUACGAAAAGACUAAGGACACACUAUUAUCGUGGAAAGAGUGAGAUUUCCUGUUAUUGAAGAUACAUUUUGCUAAUAAAAGAAAAGGGGAAUCUGUUUUCCUCUGCCCUGCACAACAUA